UCCGCAUGGCAUUGGAGUGAGUCUGGACUCUGGAGUGACUUCUUUCUUUUUUUCUUCAACUUCUUCUUCUUCUUCGUCUUCUUCUGCUCUGCUCAUCACUUCUUUCUUCUCACUUCCAAAAUCUUCGCGCCAAAAUGGGUAUCCCUAACCCUAAAGCAGGAGGAGGAGGUGCUAUUGUUAAUGAUUCUCCUUCAAGUACUACCAAGAGGCAUCAAACAGACCCUUCUCCAUUAUCAUUUUCUGAAGGCGAAAGGGUUCUUGCUUAUCAUGACCCUCUUAUUUACGAAGCUAAGGUCAUUACAGUUGAGAUUAAGAAUCCUUAUGAUAAUACAAAGGAGUACUUAAUUCAUUACAAAGGUUGGAAUAAAAAAUGGGAUGAGUGGGUAGGCGUUGAACGUUUGUUGAAAUUCACUGAAGAAAACAAGAAACUGCAGGAGGAACUUAAACUAGCGCAGCAGCAUAUCGAAAAGAAUCCAAAAUCAGGGUGUUUAUCAAACAUGAAUCCAGAAAGUUUUACUGAUGCAAAAAUGGAUCAAGAGGAUACUAGAAUACAUGUAAGGAAGGGAAAGAGGCAAACAAGUGACUUCAGAGUUAAGGAGGAACUUAAACUAGAGCAGCAGGAUAUGGAAAAGGAUCUCAAGUCAGGGUGUUUAUCAAACAUGAAGUCAGAAAGUUCUGCAGAUGCAAAAAUGGAUCAAGAUGAUACUAGAAAAUAUGCGGGGAAGGGAAAGAAGCGGAGAAGUGACUUCAACGUUGAGGAUGAACCUAAGCUAGUGCAGCUGCGUAUAGAAAAGAAUCCCAAUUCAGGGUGUUUAUCAAACAUGAUUCCAGAAAGUUCUACUGAUGCAAAAAUGGAUCAAGUGGAUACUAGAAAAUAUGGGGGGAAGGGAAAAAAGCGUACUAGUGACUUCAGCGUCGAGAAACAAAGGCGAUGUGAUGCUGCAUACGAGAAUGUGAAGCCAUUGGGGUUUCUAAACAAGAAAGUCAUCCGAACAAAAAUUGAUUCCCUUUUGAAGGUUUAUGGUGGAGAUGAAGGAUGGGCUUUCAUUGAAGAAGCUUCUUAUAAGUUACUGAUCGAAUGCCUUUUGGAAUGUCAAGAGCAACUAGAUCUAAAUGUCGAAGAAGAAAACAAUCAAGGGAUACUGCUUCCAAAAGAAGAAGAAGUUCAAGAGACUGAUGAACAACUUCUGAGGAAGAAUUCAAGAAGGAAAAUUCCAAGGUUGUCCUUAGUUGCAGGGACAUCAAUGCAGUUGUUAAAUAUGAACCCAGAGGAAGUGAACCUAGGACUGAGGAGGUCAAGGAGAGAAGAGAAGUGACUAAGUAUCUUUUGCCCGCUGCAAAAAAACAGAGGUUGCAAGAAACACUUGGAAAUGGCAAUCGGAAGUUGGUUUCUGCUGAAGUACAGAAGUUGCAAGAAAAUCUUACUGGGUCUGUGCUAGGUACUUCUCAACGCCGUAGGAAGAGGCCCCCAUUUGGUUAUAUUGACAAUACGGAAGACUGCGAAGAGGACUAUGUUUUCUUUAACACGAAACUCUUACUUUGUAAAUGAAUGUCCAGAGAGAAGGAUGUCUCGGUGAGAUUGGGUGGGUGCAGUUGUCUGAUCCCGUCUCUCUGAGUUUUUGUGAUUAAGAAUAGUGUGCAGGAUAGAUAAAGCGAAGGAUAGAUGAACUAAUACAAUUUUUUGCUCCUGGUUUACCAACCUACUAGGGAGUCUGUUGUUUAUUGUGAUUGGGAACAAUCAUGAAAACACAGAGGAAAAACAACAACACGAAGAUCUAACUGUUAACAGUGUACUCUCUCUUCUUCCUAGAGUAGGCUGUGUAUUCUCUCUUUUUGCGUUUUAUUUUUUGAAUCCUUAUCAAUUGUUUGAUAAGUCACUUAUGUACAGACAUGUAAACAGACCACGAAUAUUUGGAAUCUCAGUUGCACCGAGCUUUUGGUUUGAUCUCA